AGUUACAAGUGUGCUAUGUCGAAGAUAAACAUAAUGGAAGAAGCAAUGGAAGAAAAGGAAAAUUUCCUCUGCGCAGGAAGUGAAGAUAAUAGGCAUACAAUUUGUCUUAUCGAAAAUGCCAAACUGGAGAAGGAAAAGCUGCAAAAGCUAUUUGAAAUUGCUGAAUUGGAACUUGAGCUGCAAAAGAAACUCGAAAAUGCAAAUUUGGAACACGAAAAGUUUAAAUUGGAAGAAGAACAGUUGCAAGAGGAAUUGGAAAUGGUAACAAAAAAGAAUAAUGCCCACCGUGCUGCUAUGCAAGAAAUCCUCGCCAAAUUGGAUUUCAUGAAAACCAUCAUCGACGAGACAAGAGCACACAUUGAAUACGCUCUAGACAUGGAAUUUUGA